AUGACCACAGUCAACUUGCCUGCAGCGGACUCUGAUGCCUACGACUUCAUCAUCGUAGGUGGCGGUACCGCCGGGUGUGUCAUCGCCAGCCGCCUCACCGAGUACCUACCUAACAAGCGUGUGCUCCUGAUCGAAGCCGGCCCCUCGGACUUCAUGGACGACCGAGUCCUUCUCCUCAAGGACUGGCUCAGCCUCCUCGGCGGCGAGCUCGACUACGAUUAUACCACAACAGAGCAGCCGAUGGGCAACUCGCACAUCCGCCACUCGCGCGCCAAAGUGCUGGGCGGCUGCUCGAGCCACAAUACGUUAAUAUCCUUCCGGCCGUUCGAGUACGACUGUCAGUUAUGGGAAGCGGCCGGGUGCACGGGGUGGAGCUUCAAGACCUUCAUGCGCGUACUGGACAACCUGCGCAACACGAUUCAGCCCGUACAUGACCGGCAUAGGAACCAACUUUGCAAGGAUUGGGUACAGUCCUGCUCGACCGCUAUGGACAUUCCCGUUAUUCAUGAUUUCAAUCACGAGAUUAAGACGAAGGGUGCGCUGAAGCAGGGUGUUGGGUUCUUCUCCGUGGCCUACAACCCGGAUGAUGGCCGUAGGAGCAGCGCCUCGGUGGCGUAUAUCCAUCCUAUCCUGCGGGGCGAAGAGAAGAGAAAAAAUCUUACUAUCCUUACCAACGCCUGGGUCUCGAAGAUCAACGUCUCCGGCGAUGGUGUCACGGGCGUAAACAUAACACCGCAGAACGGCGAAAAGCGGACGCUGACCGCGAAGGCCGAAACCAUCCUCUGCGCCGGCGCGGUGGACACACCCAGGCUGAUGCUGCUCUCCGGGCUGGGCCCGAAGAGGCAGCUUGAAGACCUUGGAAUCCCCGUGGUGAGAGAUAUACCGGGCGUUGGCGAAAACCUGCUCGACCAUCCUGAGACCAUCAUUCUCUGGGAGCUGAACAAGCCGGUGCCGUUGAACCAAACGACUAUGGACUCGGAUGCGGGGAUCUUCCUCCGGCGAGAACCUCCGAACGCGGCUGGCAAGGAUGGAGAUAUUGCGGAUGUGAUGAUGCAUUGCUACCAGAUCCCCUUCUGCCUCAACACCGCUCGACUCGGCUACGACACCCCCAUCGACGCCUUCUGCAUGACACCCAACAUCCCGCGGCCCCGCUCCCGCGGCCGUAUCUACCUGACCUCCUCCUCCCCCACGGUUAAACCCGCGCUCGACUUCCGCUACUUUACAGACCCCGAAGGCUACGAUGCCGCAACCCUAGUCGCAGGCCUUAGAGCGGCUCGUCGCAUCGCGCAGCAGUCCCCCUUCGCAGACUGGCUGAAGCGCGAAGUCGCGCCCGGCCCAGAGGUGCAGAGUGACGAGGAGCUGAGCGAGUAUGGAAGGAGGGUCGCGCAUACGGUCUACCAUCCGGCUGGCACGACGAAGAUGGGGGAUUUGAGGAGGGAUGGCAUGGCGGUUGUGGAUCCGGAGCUUAGGGUUAGGGGGCUGAAGGGGGUGAGAAUUGCGGAUGCGGGCGUGUUCCCGGAGAUGACGACGAUUAAUCCGAUGUUGACAGUUCUAGGGGUGGGGGAGAGGGCCGCGGAACUGAUUGCGGAGAGUUGGGGGUGGAAGGGGCUGCAGAGGGAGAGGUUGUAA